UGUCCCUCUUUGUUCCGCUCCGGAGUGCUGGCUGGACGGCGAGCAGGAACACAACAGAGCGGAGCCGCGCGAUCGCGUCGCGCGCUGUGUGACUCGUCAGGCCGAGUGGGGGACGCGGGAAGCGCCCUCGAAGCAGCGCGGGAAGCGAGCGGUCGAAGCCCUUGGUUGGAGGAAAAGCAAGGGGGCUGCAGCGAGGAGGCCGGCCGGGGCGGGCGCCCGGGGGGGGGGGGAGCCUAGUUCGUCGCUGCGGUUCUGUUUGGGGCUCCGGGCGGAACGGCCCGGGGGGUGGGAGGUGAACACGCCGAGCCGAGGGGCCCGAGAGAACCUGGAUUUGCUCAACAGCCGAGCCGAGCGCCGGUCAAGUGGAUGGGAUGGAACCGGGGCCGUCUGGAGCGGUGCCCAUGGGGCCCUUCCCCCCACCCCUGCAGCAGGUGUUCCAGGCUCCUCGACGGCCAGGAAUGGGCACUGUGGGGAAGCCCAUCAAGCUGCUGGCCAACUACUUUGAGGUAGAGAUCCCCAAGAUGGACGUCUACCACUAUGAGGUCGACAUUAAGCCUGAUAAGUGUCCCCGGAGAGUCAACAGGGAGGUGGUGGAGUACAUGGUCCAGCACUUCAAACCACAGCUUUUUGGAGACAGGAAGCCAGUGUACGAUGGCAAGAAGAACAUCUACACGGUGCUGGCACUGCCCAUUGGAAACGAGAAGGUGGACUUUGAAGUGACCAUUCCAGGGGAGGGGAAGGACCGCAUCUUCAAGGUGUCUAUCCGCUGGCUGGCUGUGGUUUCCUGGCGACUCCUCCAGGAAACGCUUGUAAGCGGGCGCCUACAGGUGCCCAUGGAUUCCGUCCAAGCCCUGGAUGUGGCUAUGAGGCACCUUGCCUCCAUGAGAUAUACUCCAGUUGGGCGCUCCUUCUUCUCCCCGCCUGAAGGGUACUACCAUCCUCUAGGUGGGGGGAGGGAAGUUUGGUUUGGUUUCCACCAGUCUGUGCGCCCUGCCAUGUGGAAGAUGAUGCUCAACAUUGAUGUUUCAGCCACGGCUUUCUACAAAGCUCAGCCAGUGAUCGAGUUCAUGUGUGAAGUCCUGGACAUUCGCAACAUUGAUGAACAGCCCAAAACACUGACCGACUCGCAGAGGGUCCGCUUCACUAAGGAGAUCAAAGGUUUAAAGGUGGAAGUGACACACUGUGGGCAGAUGAAGAGGAAGUACCGCGUCUGCAAUGUCACACGGCGCCCUGCCAGCCACCAGACGUUUCCUCUCCAACUAGAGAGCGGGCAGACAGUCGAAUGUACUGUAGCCCAGUACUUCAAACAGAAGUACAACCUGCAGCUCAAGUACCCCCACCUGCCCUGCUUGCAGGUGGGCCAAGAGCAGAAGCACACCUACCUGCCCCUGGAGGUGUGUAACAUUGUGGCGGGGCAGCGCUGCAUCAAGAAACUGACAGAUAAUCAAACCUCCACCAUGAUCAAAGCGACAGCACGCUCUGCACCUGACAGACAGGAGGAGAUCAGCAGACUGAUGAAAAAUGCCAAUUUUAACUUGGACCCGUACAUCCAGGAGUUUGGGAUCAAGGUGAAAGAUGACAUGGCAGAGGUCACUGGGAGGGUGUUGCCAGCUCCAAUCCUACAGUAUGGAGGCCGGAACCGAGCCAUCGCCACACCUAACCAGGGUGUUUGGGACAUGCGAGGAAAGCAGUUCUACAAUGGAAUUGAGAUCAAAGUGUGGGCCAUCGCUUGCUUUGCCCCACAAAAGCAGUGCCGGGAAGAGGUGCUCAAAAACUUCACAGACCAGCUGCGAAAGAUCUCCAAAGAUGCCGGAAUGCCCAUUCAGGGCCAGCCGUGUUUCUGCAAAUACGCGCAAGGAGCGGAUAGCGUGGAGCCCAUGUUCAGGCACUUGAAGAACACCUACUCUGGGCUGCAGCUCAUCAUCGUCAUCUUGCCUGGCAAGACUCCUGUCUAUGCGGAGGUGAAGCGGGUAGGAGACACACUGCUGGGGAUGGCCACCCAGUGUGUCCAGGUGAAGAAUGUGGUGAAGACCUCCCCCCAAACGCUCUCCAACCUCUGCCUGAAGAUCAAUGUCAAACUGGGUGGUAUCAACAAUAUUCUGGUACCACACCAACGGUCAGCUGUGUUUCAGCAGCCGGUUAUCUUCCUAGGAGCUGAUGUGACACACCCUCCUGCAGGUGAUGGAAAGAAACCCUCCAUCACAGCGGUGGUGGGCAGCAUGGAUGCCCACCCCAGUCGCUACUGUGCCACGGUCCGAGUCCAGCGUCCCCGGCAGGAGGUCAUUGAAGACCUUUCCUACAUGGUGCGAGAGCUGUUAAUCCAGUUCUACAAGUCAACCCGUUUCAAACCAACUCGGAUCAUCUUUUACAGGGAUGGAGUCCCAGAGGGCCAGUUGCCCCAGAUCCUACAUUAUGAACUGCUGGCCAUUCGAGAUGCCUGCAUCAAGCUGGAGAAGGACUAUCAGCCGGGCAUCACUUACAUCGUGGUUCAGAAGCGUCACCACACACGCCUCUUCUGUGCUGAUAAGUCUGAAAGGAUUGGGAAGAGUGGGAACAUUCCUGCAGGUACCACAGUGGACACCAGCAUCACACACCCUUUUGAAUUUGACUUCUACCUGUGCAGUCAUGCCGGUAUACAGGGCACCAGCCGGCCCUCUCACUACUAUGUGCUGUGGGAUGACAACCGCUUCACAGCCGACGAACUGCAGAUUCUCACCUACCAGCUGUGCCACACCUAUGUACGCUGUACCCGCUCUGUCUCCAUCCCAGCGCCUGCAUACUAUGCCCGACUUGUCGCCUUCCGUGCCCGUUACCACCUUGUGGACAAAGAGCAUGACAGUGGGGAGGGCAGCCAUGUCUCUGGGCAGAGCAACGGCCGAGAUCCACAGGCGCUGGCCAAGGCCGUGCAGAUUCACCAUGACACCCUGCGGACCAUGUACUUCGCCUGAGCCAGCAUUAGCACCUAAACUGUGUCAAGUGGGCCACCUGACUAAGCACUCUUUGAAACACAAACUGACUCCUCGGAGGGUCCCACCCACAAACAGAUUUUUUUAAAUCCACAGAGACUUUUUAUUUUUUUUAAACACGUUACUGUAUGUUGCCCUCACACAUGUACGUAUGCAAUAUGGAGGAGGAAGGAGGAGCUAUAUGCCGACUGCCACCACAAAACUGCCUCCGUCUGUCCACAUGAUCGACGCCAUGUUCCAGCCUUGGCCUGUGUUUACUCUCUAGGGUCAGGGAAGGACAUGAUUUCGGUUUUAAUUCUUGCUAUAAUUGAUAUUGAUUUUUUUAACAGCCUUGAGGAACAGGAAGCAUGGUACAUUAGCACUUAGCAGUAGCAUUUAGGUCCCACAACCUCAACCACAUUGUGUGUGUGUGUCUGUCUGUCGGUCUGAGUCUGCAUGUCUGUAUGUGACAGUGAGGGCAGCACUUAUGACCAGAGGGAAAGAAUGCGAGAGCCAAGCAGCCAAUGGUGUGAGUAAUGGAGUGCCUUACUGGCCAAUGAGAGCAUAGCAAGAAGUAGAGUCCGUAUGAUCAGAAGCAAGGAAAAUGCAUCAAAUACAUGUUGUAGAAAGACACACUAAUGAACUGGACCAAACCCAUGUCAAAAACCAGCAGCGUGACAAACAGAGUGCAGUGAACACACAUGAGUCUGAGACAGAACAGUUCAGCAGCCUGGACAUGGACUUGCUUUGGGGCAGUGACAGAGCCUCGUCCAUGGUUCUGACUGGGCUGGGUAAAGAAGCACUGAACCAGCAUCCCCUGUUUUUACUUCUUCCCCUGGAUCUUCUGACUCCCACCAACCAAAUUUUUGUGUUAAGAUUUUGGGUUUACUCCAUCUCUUAUUCAUCGGGCCUCUGCAACCCUUGGACUCUCUCCAUCCUGGGCCAGAAAGACUGGUCCCCCCUUCUCCUGGUGCUGAGAUGCAAAGCUUCUGCCUCGGGUGGCAGGAGGCCACUCUCUUUGCACAUGCAGCCCAUUGUACCCCUUGGCAUCUGGCAGCGGAGAGGGCACUGAAAACACGACAAGGCAUCCUCCUUGUGUCUUACUUUCUUUCUGUGGCCAAUAGGAGCUGAGGAAUUGUGACCACAGGUUUGUAGGCUAUGCGUUCCUUCCUCGUUCUGGCUCUCUGCAUUUCCUGUUCCGUAGAGCAAAUUCCACAGUGUGGCUGAGGACACAUUCCACUCUGCUGACACACCCCAUGAUGCUCAAGUCAGGCACUCUCCCUCCUGUCUUAGACAUACCUCACAGAGGGGCCGCCCCAACUUAGCUACAAGAAUCCAUGCAUGGUUUGCAUCUUUUGUUAUCACAUUCCUGUCCUGCCACAUCAGCAUCUUAAGCAGAAACUCCUCUCAGCUAUUCUUUUCCUGCACUCCUCCAUCUGUCCUGCAGCAAGUGUGGAGGUGCACUGUCUUUUGCCAACACAGGAGGUUCCACAGUUCAUGUUCCUAGUGUGGCAUAUUAAGACUUACAAACCACAGCACCUGUUUGACAGCUUUGGAAGCCAAGAAUCAACGUGUCAUAAACCUCAGUUUCAGUGUUUUAUAUUAAUGCUCUGUUACUUUCCGCCACUUGUGAUUUUUGUUUUUGUGUGUGUGUGUGUGUGUGUGUGUGUGAAGACAGAGAAGUCUUGCAUUGCCAACAUUUCUACUCCAGGGGGCACUGCAAACUGGGAUCUCCCUAUACCAGGUGUUCUCUGACCUCCAAAAGAUCAAGUCCAGUUGCUUUUAGUAGAUUUUUUUUAAAAGAAGCUACAAGCAAGCUCCAUGAAAGAAUGGUUGCAAAUUUGUGUUUUCUUUAACAAACUAAAGAAAAGGUACACAAAAUUUUUAAUACCCUGAUGAAGUGAUUCACAAAAGAGCUAUGGGACUCCAUUAUCAGGGUUGGGAUUCUCUUGUAUUAGAUAUCUGCUGACCCUGGCCUUCAUGGCCUGAAGCAUCUAGCUAUGAGCACCCAGUGAGAUGUUGGGGGGAGCGGUUAGGGUGGUGGAUUCUCCAGAUUCGGAGCUGGGGUCAGUUUGUAUGCACACUCCACCCAGCCCACCUGACAAGCAAUAUAUGCCACUGUAUUGAAAAGUCCAGUACAGCACUUCCUAUUAGAUUGAAUGACAGUGCAGCAAUUAGUUGUAAUGGCUCUGUAUGAAAUAGUAUGGGUUGUGCUUUG